AUGGCGGUGCUAUCAAGGAUUGCCAGUUGCGGUGCUCGCCGCCUGCAGCUUGCGACGCCAUCACUACGCUCAUCGACUCGCGCCUUCACAUCCACCGCUUUCCGACGAGCAGCCGAAGCGCCCCGUGUCGAACGCACGACAUUGAUGCCCACCGACAGCACUUUCUCCCAUGCCGCCGACCCUUACGGCCUGCAGAAUGCCGAGGACCAGGUUGGCGACAUCGCCGCCUCGGAUGGCGAGAACAUUCAGGACCGCAAGGUCCGCCACUACACAGUCAACUUCGGUCCCCAGCAUCCUGCCGCCCACGGUGUCUUGCGAUUGAUUCUCGAGCUGAACGGAGAGGAGAUUGUGCGCGCCGACCCUCACGUCGGCCUGCUGCAUCGAGGAACUGAGAAGCUCAUCGAGUACAAGACCUAUCUCCAGGCUCUUCCCUACUUCGACCGCUUGGAUUACGUCUCCAUGAUGACCAACGAGCAGUGCUAUGCGCUGGCCGUGGAGAAGCUGCUGAACAUCGAAAUCCCCGACCGCGCCAAGUACAUCCGAACUCUCUUUGGCGAGAUUACCAGAGUCCUUAACCAUCUCAUGUCCGUUCUGUCCCACGCUAUGGAUGUUGGUGCCCUGACCCCAUUCUUGUGGGGCUUCGAGGAGCGUGAGAAGUUAAUGGAGUUCUACGAGCGUGUAUCUGGCGCCCGUCUCCACGCCGCCUACGUCCGCCCCGGUGGUGUUCACCAAGAUAUCCCCAUUGGUCUCCUGGACGAUAUUUACCAAUGGGCUACCCAAUUCGGCGACCGUAUCGACGAGACCGAAGAGAUGUUGACGGACAACCGUAUCUGGAUCAACAGACUGCAGGGUGUCGGUGUCGUCUCUGCCGCCGAGGCUCUCAACCUGUCUUUUAGCGGUGUCAUGCUUCGUGGAUCCGGUGUGCCUUGGGAUAUCCGAAAGAGCCAGCCUUAUGACGCCUAUGACAAGGUCGAAUUCGAUGUCCCCGUCGGUAUCAACGGCGAUUGUUACGACAGAUAUCUUUGCCGUAUGGAGGAGUUCCGCCAGUCUCUGAGAAUCAUUCGCCAAUGUCUCAACGAUAUGCCCGCCGGUCCCGUCAGAGUCGAGGAUUACAAGGUGGCCCCUCCCCCACGUGCUGCCAUGAAGGAGAACAUGGAGGCCCUGAUCCACCAUUUCUUGCUCUACACAAAGGGUUACGCCGUACCUCCGGGUGAGACCUAUUCCGUUAUCGAGGCCCCGAAGGGAGAGAUGGGUGUAUACUUGGUUAGCGAUGGUAGCGAGAGACCAUACAGAUGUCACAUCCGUGCACCUGGUUUCGCACACUUGGGUGGUUUCGACCACGUCUCGAGGGGUCACUUGCUGGCCGAUGCCGUGGCUGUGAUUGGAACGAUGGAUUUGGUGUUCGGUAAGUCACACAUUUUCAAACAUGCAACGAAUCACUACUGACACAUUCACAGGUGAGGUCGAUAGGUAAAGUGGUGAUAUGAAGAGACUAGAAAAGGUAAAAUAAAGAAGCCCAUGGCAAAGGAAUUGCCAAAGAUGCAAAUCCGCCUGUCCCUUUUCAUAUGUAUCAUAGUAGAGGGUAACAUCCCGACGGGAAACGCAUCGCAACGGGGUUGGGCACGUCUGUGCCUGUAUAU